AUGGCCCCGGCCUUCUCCAUCCCUGACGCAGAAGACCUCCCGGCCCGCAGAUCCGACGCCUCCGACGUCGCAGGCAACGUCUGGGACCUCGCGACCCUCCCCACGCCCCCCGCCGGCGGCGGCCGCGAGAUAUACAUCUACCGCAACACGUUCAACCUCGUCCCGCGCUCCAUCGGCGGUGGAGCCGGCGGCCUCAGGUCGCUCAAGUUCUUCGGCAACGAUGUGGAGGUGCUACCCGCGGAUGCCGGGGGCGAGCUGGACGGGCUCGAGAGCCUCCAGGUCAAGGUGUCCGCGCCCAGGGUCUCAGGGGCGCCGCUCCGUCGGAUGCAGGCUCUCAAGGAGCUCGAGCUCUCAAUGGUGCCGCCAAGGCCGUCCUCGUGCUCCAUACUGGCGGAGGUUGCCGGGCUGAAGUGCCUUACGAAGCUCACCAUUUGCCACUUCUCAAUAAGGUACCUCCCUCCUGAGAUUGGUUCCCUCAGGAAGCUCCAAGAGCUUGACCUCUCUUUCAACAAACUGAAGAACUUGCCUAACUGUAUAAUUGAGUUGAGUGCGCUGAAGUUCCUCAAAGUGACCAAUAAUAAGUUGGUAGAUGUACCCUCAGGAAUCUCCUCUUUGAGAUGUCUUGAAAGCCUUGACUUAUCAAACAACAGAUUGACUUCUCUUGGUUCGGUUAAACUUAUUUCUAUGCUUACGCUGCAGUAUUUAAACCUUCAGUUUAAUAGGCUCUCCCAUUCCUAUGUAAUUCCUUCAUGGAUAUGCUGUGAUAUGAGGGGAAAUGUUGAAAAUGCUAUGAAGGGUUGCAAGCUGAAGUACACAGGUGUAGCAGACAUGAGUAGUUUAGCAGAAUCUAGUACUUCAAGUUGUGCUUGCGACAGUGCCCUUUUAUGCUUACAACCAGAAGCUUCCCCAAAUUUGAAACACCAUACCCCACAGAAAAUGAAGAAGGGCUGGAGGAGACGGGAUUGCCUGCAACAACAAGCUCGCCAGGAGCGUUUGGAGACUAGCAGGAGCAAGCUCCAUGAAAAAUACAUAGAUGAAAUGGCUGUGACCAUGGCUGAAGAUGAUUGUCCUUCUAGUUUGCAAGAUAUGGAAAACAAGCUAGGCAUCAGAACAAUUGACGAAGAAACCUUAGUACAGGACUCGUUGAAAGAAACGAGUUCUAUAUCUGAAGAUGUAUCUUCAAUAGUCGAUGAUGAUUUGGAUGGGCUUACAAAGGAUAGUGGCAUGAUGGUACAGGAUCACUAUGACGAGGAGAAACCUGGAUUCAAUAUGAGAGGUUACGAUGAUGACAAUUCUUGUAUCAGUGGGGAGCCUGCUAGUUUCAGCAGAGGCAGGAUCUGCAGCGUUGAAAAUGAACUAGAUGAUACUGCUUCAUCUGCCCAUGAUGUUGGUGAGAUUGCUCGUGACAAUCCUUCAGUGACAUCCAAGUGUGCUUUAAAAUCUAAAAGGCACCCUGAUAUGGACAGCAAUCCUAAACCAAGCAAAUGCCCUCGACCAAUUGAUGAACGCUCAAAACUUUCAUAUAAAUACAGUGUGGAAUCAUUUUGCAGCAUAGAUGAUCAUCUACCAGAUGGUUUUUAUGACGCAGGCCGAGAUAUGCCCUUCAUGUCAUUAGAGGAGUAUGAAAGGAGUCUUGGGCUGUAUGCACGGGAGGUUAUUCUCUUGGACAGAGAACAAGAUGAAGAAUUGGAUACAAUUGCCUCUUCAGCACAAUUGCUGCUAUCUAGUUUGACAAGGCCAAGCUCUUUUGAAAUGGAGGAAGAUGCAGGCCAUGAUUUACUGAGGGCAUCAGUGCUCGCUUUGUUUGUUUCUGACUGCUUUGGUGGUUGUGACCGAAGCGCUUCUCUUGGGAGAACACGGAGAGCUAUUGUUAGCUUGAGGAAGGAGCAGCCUUUUGUUUGUACUUGUUCUGCUGGGAACUUAGGCGACAACAAUGAAGCUUCUAAGCAGACCAAUACUCUUUCUGGGCACUUUGAUUUUACUGGUCUGUGUAAUAGAUCAAUACAUCUCAUCAAGGAAAGAAGAAAUUCGGGUAUUGUACCUAUAGGUUCAUUGCAAAUUGGUGUUUGUAGGCACCGAGCUGUCCUAAUGAAGUAUUUGUGUGACCGGGCGGACCCUCCAAUUCCUUGUGAGCUUGUGAGGGGCCAUCUUGACUAUACACCUCAUGCUUGGAACGUUGUUCCUGUUAGAAAAGGGAAUGGCUGGGUAAGGAUGAUUGUUGAUGCUUGUUACCCCACCAACAUAAAGGACGAGACAUAUCCAGAGUACUUCUGCAGGUAUGUACCGCUCAGUCGACUUCAAAUUGCACUUGAUGAUGAGGACUAUACUCCUCGGUGUUCCUUCCCAUCUGUCUCAUCAUGCAAAGAAAUUGAAGUUACAGCUUCUAAUUCUGUCUAUCACUGUAAAAUUGGUGCUGUUGAUGCUGCUGCAAAGAUACGGUAUCUGGAUACUCGCAGUGCCUCAAACGAUGAAGUUAAACUUUUUGAAUACAAGCUUCUGGGAGAAGUAAGAAUGCUGGGUGCGUUAAGGAAGCACAGAUCCAUAGUGGACAUAUAUGGACACCAACUUUCAUCUAAAUGGGUUCAAGUCGAAGGUGAUAAAGAAUAUAGGAUAUUGCAGUCUAUAAUUUUAAUGGAAUAUGUAAAUGGAGGUUCUCUUAAGGGAUAUUUGACAAAGCUACUGAAGGAGGGCAAGAAGUGUGUCCCCAUUGAUCUGGCAGUUUACAUUGCUCGGGAAGUUGCUUGUGCAUUGUUGGAGAUGCACAAGAAGCUCGUUAUUCACAGGGACAUAAAAAGUGAGAAUGUUUUGGUUGAUCUGGAUUCCAAGAGGAAUGCUGGUGCCCCCAUUGUCAAACUCUCUGAUUUUGACAGAUCCGUUCCUUUGCAUUCUUUAUCCCAUACAUGCUGUAUAUCUCACCUUGGUACACACCCACCCAAUGUUUGUGUUGGAACACCUUGUUGGAUGGCUCCAGAGAUUGUUAAGGCCAUGCAUGAAAAACACCACUAUGGACUGGAAGUAGAUAUCUGGUCAUUUGGAUGUUUUCUAUUGGAGAUGCUUACGCUUCGGAUGCCUUACCAGGGACUUCCUGACUCAGAAAUAUAUGAUCUGAUACUGAGGAAGAAACAGAGGCCAAGGCUAACUCAGGAAUUAGAAGCAUUCUGGACAAUGGAUGAGCCAUCUACGAGGCUAAACUUAGGGAUCACAUCUGAUGCUCAUGCAGAUAAACUGAGACAUCUGAUAGAUCUCUUCUACCAGUGUACCAGAGGACAUGCAUCCAAGCGGCCCAAAGCUGAGCAAAUUUACAACUCACUGUGCUCCUUACCCACAUGUUACGACAUGAGGUGA